AUGAGAAGACCCUAUUGCUUUUUUCUACUUCUUCUCUUGCCUUCGAUCUUCAUUAUCUAUCUAUCUAUCUAUCUAUCUAUCUAUCUAUCUAUCUAUCUAUAUCCCAUUCCGUUUCUAUCUAUCUAUCUAUCUAUCUAUCUAUCUAUCUAUCUAUCUAUCUAUCUAUCCAAAAUGCUCAUAUCUAUCAUAUCUAUCAUCUAUCUAUCUAUAUAUCUAUCUAUCUAUUAUUCCAAAAUGCUCAUAUAUCUAUCUAUCUAUCUAUCUAUUAUCUAUCUAUCUAUAUCUAUCUUCAUAUCUAUCUAUCUAUGUCCUAUCUUCAUUAUCUAUCUAUCUAUCUAUCUGAUUCCGUUUCUAUCUAUCUAUCUAUCUAUCUAUCUAUAUAUAUAUAUAUAUAUAUAUAUAUAUAUAUAUAUAUAUAUAUAUAUAUAUAUAUCGCAUUCCGUUUUAUCUAUCUAUCUAUCUAUCUAUCUAUCUAUUAUUCGAAAAUGCUCAUAUCAUCUAUCUAUCAUCUAUCUAUCUAUCUAUCUAUCUAAUCUAUCUAUCUAUCUAAUCUAUCGUUUCUAUCUAUCUAUCUAUCUAUCUAUCUAUCUUCUAUUAUCUAUUAUUUCUAUCUAUCUAUCUAUCUAUCUAUAUAUAUAUAUAUCCCAUUCCGUUUUCUUUCUAUCUAUCUAUCUAUUAUUCCAAAAUCUAUCAUAUCUAUCUAUCUAUCUAUCUAUCUAUCUAUAUAUAUCUAUCUAUAUAUAUAUAUAUAUAUAUAUAUAUAUAUAUAUAUAUAUAUAUAUAUAUAUAUCGCAUUCCGUUUCUAUCUAUCUAUCUAUCUAUGUAUCUAUCUAUCUAUUAUUCCAAAAUGUGCAUAUCUAUCUAUCAAUUCAUCUAUCUAUCUAUCUAUAUAUCUAUAUCAUGCAUCUAUCUAUCAUAUCCAUUCUCAUUUAUCUAUUCAUCUAUCUAUCUAUCUAUCUAUCUAUCUAUCUAUCUAUCUAUCUAUCUAUCUAUCUUAUUAUGUUUACUUCUAUCUAUCUAUCUAUCUAUCUAUUCCUAUCCAAUUCAGUCUGUUCAUAUCUUUCUAUGUCAGCUCUUCAUUUUCACUCACUUUCUCUUUUAUUUCUUUCAAUUUGGUUCUACUUUCAUGGAAGCUUUCAAUUUACUUCUCUCCUUUUUCAACACAUAAUUUCUUUUUUUUAUUCCAUGUUUUUUUUUUACAUUUGUUAUCAUUUUUGUCUUCUUUCUUUCUUUCCAAAUUACUUUCUUUCUUACCGGUUGGAUAACCUUGCCGGCUUUCUUUCUUUCUUCCUUCCUUUCUUUCUUUCUUUAAUAAUCCUGCUUUCGUUUUUCUUUCUUUCUUUCUUUCUUUCUUUCUUUCUUUCUUUCUUUCUUUCUUUCUUGUUGGAUAAAUUUUCCCUCUUUCUUUCUUUCUCUCUUUCUUUCCUUCUUUCUUGUUGGAUAACUUUGCCUCCUUUCUUUCUUUCUUUCUUUCUUUUCUGUUGGAUAACUUUGCCCUUUUUCUUUCUUUCUUUCUUUCUUUCUUUCUUUUUUCUUUCUUUCUUUCUUUCUUUCUUUCUUUCUUUCUUGUUGGAUAACUUUGCCCUCUUUCUUUCUUUCUUUCUUUCUCUUUCUUUCUUUCUUUCUUGUUGGAUAACUUUGCCCUCUUUCUUUCUUUUUAUUUUUUCUUUCUUUCUUUCAUUCUUUCUUUCUUGUUGGAUAACUUUGCCCUCUUUCUUUCUUUCUUUCUUUCUCUUUCUUUCUUUCUUUCUUUCUUGUUGGAUUCUUUGCUUUUCUUUCUUUCUUUUUGCCUCUUUCUUUCUUUCUUUCUUUUCUUUCUCUCUUUUUCUUUCUUUUUUUUUUCUUUCUUUCUUUCUUUCUUUCUUUCUUGUUGGAUAA